CAAAAAUGAAUCUCUAACUAGGUCAAUUUCAGAAGCGGGUGCUCGUGUCGUUGUGGAUGCAAAGCCAAGUUCUUCGCAACAAGCAAUCCUUGAUCAGUUUUUGCAAAAUGCUGCAAAAUCUGCAAAAUUAAAAAGCAGUUUUUCUGUACUUAAUCCUUCAGCGUCUGCUUACAUUUCAUCGUCACUCCAGCCAACAUCUUCUACUACUGACUGCGGGCAAGAUGUUUCUGAAACGAAGGAAAUUUCCGAAGAUAGUAUUUCAACUGCUCCGGUUAUGAAGCUUUCCUCACCUACAGCAGCUACCUAUGGUAAUGAUGAUACGGGUGGCAGCAAUGAACCACUGUUUAUUCUAAAUGAUGGAAACAAUUUGUCACAGUUACUUCAUGUUGCGAACGAUAUGGAUUUAACAUUUACUUACAAUUCUAGGCGGAUGGGAGAAUUUUGUUUUGAAUCCAACGGUCAAGAUAUGAGAGGCAGAUCUGUUGUAUUUGCUGAUUUAGGAACCAAAAUAUCUAUACGUGAGCGCUUAGAUGGCAACGACAUGAACUAUGAAGAAUGGAGUAAAGCGGAUUGGAAGCAAUUUCUGUGGGCAGUACGUGGAAAAUGUAUGAAUAUUCUUCGAGGGAUUUAA